CUUGAUCAAGUGAAUCCAAACCUUGAUUUUAAUGCUAACUCAAUUUAUGUUAGAUCAAGCUCAAAAUUCUCAAAUGAUUCCGCGUACCUGAAAUGGUUCAAAAUGCGGUCGCGACUACCCAGCUUAUUUCUCUCUCACGAGAGUGCAGAACUCUCACUCAACUCAAACAGGUUCAUGCAUACCUCCUCAAAUCACUCCUACCCCAAAACCCAUCCGCUAUUGCACCGCGUCUCUCGGUGGCUGCAACAUCCAGUGAUCGGUCUUUCUUCUCCUACGCUCGCUUGAUCUUCAACCAUCUUCCUUUCCGGAAUUCCUUUAUGUACAACACCAUGAUUAGAGGGUAUCUACAGGCCAAUUCACCAAUACCUGCUAUUUUAUUGUAUUUAGAUUUGUUAGGAUAUGGGUUUGAGGUUAAUAAGUAUACCUUCUCGCCAGUUAUUAAAGCCUGUACAGUUCUUGCUCUUUGGUCCAUGCUAGCACCUGCGCGCUUGUUGUUUGAUAAAAGUCCUGAAAGAGCUGUGGUUAUGUGGACAGCGAUGAUUGACGGGCAUGGGAAGAUUAGGGACAUUGAAAAUGCGAGAUUUCUGUUUGAGGAAAUGCCUCAGAGAAACAUGAUUCGUGGAGGCACUAAGCCGAAAGAGUCAGUUCUUGUCACUGUUCUCACUGCUUACGCUCACCUUGCUGCUUUAAGUCAAACUCUAUGGAUUCAUUCUUAUGUUAACCGUUACAAUCUUGAAUCAAACACAAUCUUAGCCACUGCAUUAGUUGAUAUGUAUUGCCAAUGUGGUUAUGUGGAAUCAGCUAUCUCUGUCUUUGUGGGCAUUCGUAAGAGGGAUAUUGGGGCUUGGAAUGCUAUGAUUUCAGGUGUAGCGUUGUGUGGUGAUGUGAAGAAAUCUAUUGAACUGUUUGAUCAAAUGGCUAUAAGUGGAACACGUCCCACAGAGACUACAUUUGUUGCUCUUCUCUCUGCCUCUAGAGCGGGUAUGGUACAGGAAGCUGAGAAGUUUAUAGAGGAGAAAAUGGGAGGGUUAGGAGGAGGUGAUGCCAAUGUCUGGGGAGAUCUUCUUGGUGCAUGUAGAAUCUAUGAAAUGUGGAUGUAGGAAACAGAGUCUUGAAGAAGCUAGCUGAGAUGGGAAUACAGGAUUAUGGUGCUU